AUGUCGGCGCUGCAGAGCUGGCGCAAGGCGUACGGCGCGCUCAAGGACACCACCACCGUCAGCCUCGCCAGCCUCAACUCCGACUUCAAGGAUCUGGAUGUGGCGAUCGUGAAGGCCACGAACCAUGUGGAGUGCCCGCCCAAGGAUCGCCACCUGCGCAAGAUUGUGGCGGCUUCGUCCAUGGCCAGGCCCCAAGCGGACGUCGCCUACUGCAUCCACGCGCUUGCCCGCCGCCUCGCCAAGACCCGGAGUUGGAUCGUUGCACUGAAGACACUUGUGGUGAUCCAUCGACUCCUCCGGGAUGGUGAACCUACAUUCCGCGAAGAACUUCUUAAUUUUACACAAAGGGUCCAGAUUUUGCAGUUAUCUAACUUCAAGGAUAACUCCAGUCCUAUUGCUUGGGACUAUUCUUCAUGGGUUCGAACAUAUGGUUUAUUUUUGGAGGAAAGACUGCAAUGCUUCAGGAUCUUGAAGUAUGAUAUUGAAGCUGAGCGUUUGCCCAAGCAAGGUCAAGGGACUGAAAAGACUUAUUUUCAGGCACACAGUCAAACCAGAGAAUUAGAUUCUCAGGCCUUGCUGGAGCAGAUGCCGGCACUUCAGCAGUUACUAUAUCGACUUAUUGGAUGCCGGCCAGAAGGAGCUGCUAAUACCAAUUAUUUGGUGCAAUAUGCUCUAGCCCUUGUCCUUAAAGAAAGCUUCAAAAUUUAUUGCGCAAUAAACGACGGAAUUAUCAACCUUGUUGAUAAGUUUUUUGAGAUGCCAAGGCAUGAUGCACUUAAAGCCCUUGAAAUAUACAGGAGGGCUGGCCAACAGGCUGGAAACCUAUCUGAUUUCUACGAAAAUUGCCGGGGAUUAGAACUCGCAAGAAAUUUCCAGUUUCCCACUUUGAGGGAGCCACCACAGACAUUCCUUUCAACCAUGGAAGAGUACGUGAAGGAGGCUCCACGUAUGGUUCCAAUUAAAGACCCCUUGGAGUUUCCUGAGAGGCUUCUUCUUACAUACAAACCAGAAGAAUCAGAAGAAGUUCCUGAGCCUGUCCCUGUUCAGGAGGAAGUUCCGCAAAUGGAAGAACCUGCUCCAGUACCAUCUUUAACUGAAGUAGCUUCAUCUCCUCCCAACACCAGAGUUGCAGAUACUGGUGAUUUACUGGGAUUAAGUGAUCCAAACCCCAGUGUAUCGGCAAUAGAGGAAAGCAAUGCUUUGGCCUUGGCUAUUACUCCGACAGGUGUUAAUACUUCAACAACUAGCACAGCCUCAGUGCAAGAUAUAGGAUUUGACCCAACGGGAUGGGAACUUGCUCUUGUCACUACCUCGAGUAGCAACACCAAUUCACUGGCUGUUGAUAGUACUUUGGGCGGUGGAUUCGACAAGCUCACGUUGGACAGCUUGUACGACGAUGGAACCUACAGGCAGAUGCAGCAACAGUUGCCAUACGGUUCAGUACCUCACAAUCCCUUCAUGGCGAGCGACCCUUUCACGGUGUCUAAUCAAGUAGCUUCUCCGCCAUCGGUUCAAAUGGCCGCCAUGGGACAGCAGCCCCAGCAGAUGCAACCAAAUCCCUUCGGACCACCGUCGCACCCACAGCCUGUGCCAAACCCAUUCCUCGAUGCCGGCUUCGGCCCUUUCCCGGCAGCAAAUGGAAAUGGAAUGCACGCACAAGCCAACCCGUUUGGAACCGCCCAACUUCUAUAG